AUGUUCAGACCCAACUUACGUCGGACAUUCCAUUCAAUCCCUUCUUUACUUCAUCUUAAAGUCCUCCAACAUCCAACGUAUCAUCCCAAAGCUUUCCUCUCCUAUCCGACUACAAUCCAGUCCUUGUCAUCUCGUUCCACACAUUCAGGAAAUAGACAAAUACCUCAUCCUGGUAUUGGAGGUGGAUCAACUACUACUACUUCUCCUACUAUUCAUGGACAUCAUAUACCUGAAAAUCAUUUACCUAUUUCUGGUGGAGAGGGUGUUAUGAUUGAUUUACAUCCUUCUCAUCCUUCUUCUUCUUCUUCUUCUCCUUCCUCUUCCUCUUCUUCCAUCUCCUCAUCUCCCUCUUCUUCAUCUCCCUCUUCCUGGAAUUCUUCCCCCCCUGCGACCAACUCAACGGGUUCAUCCAACUCCACGGACAAUUCCCAAACCCCAAACGCUUCUUCCUCUGGUAAUGGUAAUGGUAGCAACGGUGGAACCAAACCACUCAUCAUGACAUCAACAGAAAACGACCCAACAAAACCAGAAGAAACAUCACCGACCAUAACCCAUCGUCCUAAAUUCACACCGAAAGGUCGUCCGAUCCUUAUUAGACCACCACGUAUUCAUCCAGUCACUCUACCAUCAGGUAUACAAGAACCUCCUGUUUAUCCACCACCACCAGAAUGGGUUGAAAUGGAAAAAGAAGAAAUAGGUAAUAAAAAACCUCAUCCUUUAUGGUCUUUUCUUAGAGUACCAUUAUCCGCUAGAAUUGAAUUACCUCAAGGUUUAGAAGGUCCUGUUGAUAUGGGUAGUUUGGAAGUUGUUGAGAGUGAUAAGGAAGCUCAAUUGAAAAGUGGUCGGUCAUGGACAGCGAACGAAUUACGUCAAAUGUCAUUUGCCGACUUACAUACACUUUGGUAUAUCUUGUUGAGAGAACGUAAUCUUCUCGCCACUCAAAGAGAAGAGUUCAGACGGUUGAGGGUUGUACAUGAAGGUAGAGAGUUGUUGAGGGUUAGAGGGUUUAGGUGUCGGAAAUCCAUGGCUAGGAUAAAGUAUGUUCUCAACGAACGUCGGUUGGGUUUGGAAGCUGCCACUAGACAAGAGCGAAUGUAUGUUGAGGCUCAACUCCCAAAACCGAUCGUUUAUAGAACACAUAAAUACAAGGCGGGGACCAGUGUGACAGACCAGACGGUGAAAGAUGAAAUUGAAUACAAAUCGAUAUUAGAUUUACCUUUUAAAUCAUAUGAUACUUCUACUGGUUUACCCAAAGAGAUAAUAGUUGGGAACAAGAAGAUAUCACCUUUGGUAAAUCUACAACAAGUCAAAGAUCAUUUAACUAUCCUCUCCGCUUUUCAUACGAUCAGAGAAGAAAUCCCUCCGUCUUCAUGGUCAACCUUAUGUGAUCGAGCAGCUGAAGAGUACGUUCAUUGGAUCAAAGAAAUACUUCCUUUUCUCUCAUCGGAACAUCCGAUCUUGACCACUGUCCCAUCUGGAUCAACUCAACAGAACUUAUCUCAAGAUGUCGAUAAUCCAUCCAAUCUCGGGUCGAACGAUCGGACUCGAUCUGGCCAUAACGUUAGGCCACUAGAAAAUAUCCAGGAUGGAGGGGAUGGAGAUGUUGUCUCUCAGGAGUCAGUGGAAGGACAGUCAAUAGCAAGAGAUAAGGAAUUGAGGAAGGUAAAUGAAGAUGUGAACGGCACAACUAGAGAUAGAAAUGGGCUGGAUCGAAUGGGUGUUGAGAGGGAAAGGAAGGAAAGAGGGAUGGAAUUGGAAGAAUUAGAGGAAUUACCAAGUUUACCAAUCAUAAUGUGUUGGCAUGCUCAUAUGCUCAACCCGGCGAGAUAUCAACAAGAUAUCAAAUCAGAUUAUCAUUCUUUGAAAAAUAGCUCGAAUUGA